AUGUCUGGACCUAAGCUGAUUGAGGAGCUCCUAAAACUUCUCUCGAUGGGUGAGGCCCUCGAUGAAGCCCAGCAAAAGCAAAUGAAAGACUACAAGUUUUGGAAAACCCAGCCUGUCCCUGCUUUGGGAGAAGUUGUCGCCGAAGAAGGACCGAUCGACUCUUCUCGCACACCAGAGGACAUUCCAGCGGAACCUUUGCCGCUUUUGGGUGAUUUUGAGUGGUCCACCAUUGAUGUGGAGUCGUCCAGCCAAUUGGACGAGGUCUACACGCUCUUGUACGAGCACUAUGUCGAAGACCAGGACGCUACUUUCCGCUUCAAAUACUCGCAUGAAUUCUUCAAGUGGGCAUUGAAACCGCCCGGAUGGCGCCAGGAUUGGCAUGUGGGUGUCCGUGUGAAAAGCACAAAGAAAUUGGUUGCGUUCAUUGCUGCUGUUCCAGUGACUUUGAAACUCAACAAGCUUGACAAGACGAUUCCAAGCGUGGAAAUCAACUUCUUAUGCAUCCAUAAGAAGUUGCGUAGCAAGCGUUUGGCCCCUGUUCUUAUCAAGGAGAUCACUCGCCGUGUCAAUAAGCAGAAUAUCUGGCAGGCGUUGUAUACAGCCGGAAUUGUUCUUCCGCUGCCUGUGGCGUCUUGCCGUUACACCCACAGACCACUUAACUGGACCAAGCUUCACGAAGUACUGUUUUCCCACUUACCCGCAGACCAGACAAAAGCUGGAAUGGUGGCACACUAUGCUUUGCCUAAUAUAACUAAGACGUCAGGUCUUCGGCCCAUGGAAGAAAAAGAUAUCGACCAGGUCUUGUCUCUUUUACACAGCUUUCAAGAACGCUUUGAUUUGGUUCAGAUUUUCCACAAGGAAGAGUUGGCCCACUGGUUGUUGGGCGGUGAAAACAGAUGCGAUGUCAUCAAGUCAUAUGUGGUUGAGAAAGAUGGUGUGGUGACCGAUUUUUUCUCCUAUUACUUGCUUCCAUUUUCUGUUUUGAACAAUGCUGCCCACUCCGAAUUGGGCGUGGCGUACUUGUUCUACUAUGCUCUGGACAGUGCAGAAAAGGAAACUGAGGUUUAUAAAAAGAGAUUGAAUCUGUUGAUCACCGACGCGUUAAUCACAGCCAAACACUUUGGUGUCGACGUCUUCAAUGCCUUGACUUGCCAGGACAACCCAUUGUUCAUCAAAUCUGCCAAGUUUGGAAGCGGCGAUGGUCUUCUCAACUAUUAUCUUUUCAACUAUAAGCUCAAGCCUAUUAGCGGCGGAAUUGACCCAGAAACGAAACAAGUUGCGGAUGACAAAGGAAGCGGUGUCGGUGUGGUUUUGUUUUAA